AUGGCGAUGCUCGCGCCGAUGGCGCGGAUUGCGCGCCCGGCGGUGCAGCCCGCGCCUCUGCGUCUGGAUAUCCGGUCGCUCCAUACGACACCCCCUGCGCUCGUCACGCUGCAGCAGGCGAUGCGCGGCGCGCGGCGGCCGCACCGUCCCCCGGUGAACCGCACGCCGGCGCUCGAAGGCUGCCCGUUUGUGAAGGGCGUGUGCACCAAGAUCUUUACGACCAAGCCCAAGAAGCCGAACUCGGCCAUCCGUAAGAUGGCGCGUGUGCGUCUGUCGAAUGGCCGCACGGUUACCGCGUAUAUUCCCGGCGAAGGCCACAACCUCCAGGAGCACAGCGUGGUGCUCAUGCGCGGCGGUCGUGUCCAGGACGUGCCGGGUGUGCGCUACCGCCUGGUGCGUGGCGCGCUCGACUUUGGUGGUGUCGUUGGUCUAUGGAGGUAG